AACUAGGUGGUAGCAAUGAGCCUCACGGUGUUUGUAUGAGCGUCAAGACUAACGAAUCAGACAAAACGAACCCGGAUGUGCCGCGAAAUUUGAAACAAGACUUCAGAGAUAUUUAUAUGUCGUUUUCUGACUCUGAUUUCUAAAAACACUGAAACUCUGCCUGUAAAACCGAAGGGACAUUUGAGAAUGAAUCCUUCAGAGCGUUUCUUUGCAAAGCUGCGGAAACUGACUGUUUAUUUGGAGACUGAAAGCAACAAUCUACUGCAUGCAAGUCAGAACCCUCAAGACGAAGAUGAGGAUGAGGAGAAUGGGGCUCAAGCACUGUACCAGCUGCACUCUGAAGUCAGAGCACUUAAGCGGCAAGUUCAAGAUCAGUUGGCUACACAUGAUUCAACUGAGAUGAGGAACUUCGUAAGAAGAUGCUUGGUGUUGAAGCAGAGAACCACAGAAGACAUUGACAGACUGAAGAAACACUACGAGAAAUAUGGCUACAGACCACGAACAGCAAGACAGGGAAAAACAGAGAUGAGCGGUAGAAAAGAGGCUGAAGAACAAGCAGAGAGAGAUUCAGAAAAGCUGGAUGCAGCAGAGGAAGAUAAUGAGAUUGGACAAGGCGUUUGUGAAGAGGCUCAGCAGUCUGAGACACCUGAGAAGAUGCAACCACCCGUUGACCAGCUGCGGACCCCAAAGCUCUCCGAUUUUGGUCUGUCUGCACUCCAGUUUCAAAGAGUGAUUGGUGAAGCAGAGCCACCCCACAGUGCUGCUCCUGUCCCAGCUGUGGCUCUGUCACCACCGCCAUUUGUCAUGAACAUGCAUCCACCGCAGCCAAAGACGCCCAAGUGCUCACUGCGCAUGGAGGAGGAUGCUCCGACCCCGCGACUAGAGGACUUUGGCAUCUCUGAGUAUACCAUGUGCUGGAACAAUGACUUUACCAUGGAUUUGUUCAACAAGAAACCACCAAAGAGCAACAGUGAAAGAACGGAGAAUGGUCAGAAACCCUCUCAUGUUUUCCCCACUCUGUCUUCUGUGGCUAACAAAAAUGUUGGCAAUGAGAGUCUGGAAUCCCCAGAACCUCCUGUGUUUUGCACCCCAGGAUUUAAGAUUGAGAAACACCGCAUCCCAUCCUCUCCACCACUGAAUGGAAAGAAUGAUCUUGAUUCUCCUCCUCGGCCUAAUAACUGCCCUUCUACACCAGAGCUCCCUGCUUUUGAAACGCCUUUCAUCAGCAAGCUAAUAAAAAAGGAUGACCGGCAGGAAGAAAGCGAUAGACACAAAGCAUCACAGGAGGGCAGCCUUCGCCUACCAGCUCCUUCAUUUGAUGCUCCAGAGAUGCCAAAAGUGCUACGUUAUGAGGAUGAGGCCAUACCAGAGAUGCCAACCCUGCAGUCCCUUUUUGGGAAUUCUCUUGCUUUUAAAAAUACAUCUGGUGAUGCUUCUCAGAGGAAGAUGGGGGCAGAUGUGCUAGACCUGAAGCAGACCCCUGUCCCAAUGCAUGAAAAUGGCUUCAACCAGGAUUGGUGCCUUGCAACUCCAAAAGUCAGAAUGAAGUUCCCUGUAGAGCCAUGCACACCAGAGAUGCCCGAUAUAAGUUCAGUCACUCAGGAUAUUUUAAAACUUGUGGCUCAGUGCAAGUCUUAAGCACUUACUACCGGAUCUGUGCUGCAGAACAUGAAGCCUAGCUUUCAAAAAGUGGAACCAAGAGGAAAACAGCAGAUUGUAGUCAUAAAGUGAUUCUAACAAUUUUUUGAUUGUAAGUAGGAUUUAAACAAUCUUAAAAAAAAAUAAUAAAGGGAAUUUAAA